AUGGGCAGCAGGACUUCAUCUAUUCACAGACUCACUGACGGCAAAUUAAACCAGCCUCUCCUGAACAAAGAUGACACUACUGAAGUGGGUGCGGUAAGCAGUCUGGAGAAUCAGUCAUUUACUCACCGGGCUCCUACAUUUUCCGCCCACAAUACAUUAAGGAGAAAAAGUUUGGAGAGGAAGGCAAAGCUGGUUGCUUGGAAGAAGUACACGUGUGCGGCAUUUUGCUUAGGAAUAAGCUUAGUUACGUUCGUGAUUCAGACGGAGACUGCGGUGUACAUACAACACGAGCUGGGCUGGAAUAAAGCUUAUUGCAUGCUGUAUCUAACCCACGGAUCAUGGAGCUUGCUAUGCCUAUUCCAACUCUUUAUCUCCCGACUUUUCUAUUGGAAUCUACCGUGGAAAACCUUCUGGCGAAGGCACUUGGAACUCCUACGGUCGACUGCACAAAUGGUAGAGACCCAACAACUAAACCUCUCGCGCACCCAACAUUCGCCAGUCAAAUACUUUGUAAAGAUAACAACAUUAAUUGCUUGUACCCUAACUAUCGCCGGUGGCUCUUGGUAUAUCGCCAUUAGCAUGACCUCGCCCUCAGACCUCACAGCAAUUUAUAACUGCUCAGCCUUCUUUGCAUACGCCUUUAGUAUACCUAUUCUUAAAGAAAAGCUCCGAUUUGACAAGUUAUUUGCUGUAGCAGUUGCAAUAAUCGGAGUCUUGGUUGUUGCAUACGGUGAUGCAGCGCCAAGUACCAACUCAGAAGAGCUAGUCGAUGGUGCUCCCUCGGUCGAAACUAAUAGUCGGGUUGCAGGCAACCUGAUCAUUGGGUUCGGCAGUGUACUAUAUGGAUUUUACGAGGUUCUAUACAAAAGAUUGGCAUGCCCACCAGAAGGCACAAGCGUGACAAGAGGAAUUAUUUUCGCAAAUACCUUCGGCUCGCUGAUUGGAUUCUUUACUCUAACAAUUCUCUGGAUUCCAAUUCCUAUCCUUCACAUUACCGGAGUUGAGAAGUUUGAACUUCCUCGGGGAGAUACUGCUUGGCUGCUAAUUAUUUCCGUACUAUCUAAUGCGACAUUUUCGGGUAGUUUCCUGGUCCUAAUUAGCUUAACGAGUCCCGUAUUGAGUUCCGUAGCAGCUUUACUCACAAUAUUCUUAGUUGCUAUUGUCGAUUGGCUUUGGACCGGAGUACCUUUAUCUUUCGCAGCUAUCAUCGGCGGGCUCUUGAUCAUUGCAGCCUUCCUUAUCUUGAGUUGGAGCACAUUUCGAGAUAUUUCAGAACAUAAUAGGAAGAAGCACAGUGAUUUUAGCGAUGACGAUACUUUGUCCGAAGACUAG